CGAUUGAUGCCUUAUAAUGGACCGUUUCGAAUUUGGUCGCCUCUCUCGCUCCUCUGGAGCUCGCGAUGGCGAUGGCGAUGGCGAUGGCGAUGGCGACGGCGACGGCGACGACCUUGGCGAUUCCGCGCGUGAGCAGCCAGCGAUUUCGCGCGCCGCCUCCCUCACCGAUUGCCACCGGAAAUGGCAGACGAUCAGCUGCCGUCGACGAUCGCGUGUUCUCCGAGUUCCUCGACGUCUCGCUGCGCGUCCCCGAUCUUUCGCUCCCGCAGUCCUUCUUCUCCAUGAAGUCGGUGAUAAAGGUUCCCCCGGAGAUCGAUCUGUGUUCGAUGGUAUCUGGAGAUGAGUCCGCGGCACGCUGUGUGCUUUCCGCGGCCUCGGAGGUCGGGGCGAUUCGCGUGGUCGGCGGAGGCAAGGCAUUAGCGGAGGAGGUCAGGGCCGCGAUUGAGGCGGGAAAGGUGAUCUUGAAGCCGGAGGGGGAGAGGCCAAAUACGGAUGUUGACAAGCGGCGGUUCGCACGGAGGGAUGGAGUCGUUCAGGAGUUCGUUUGGUAUCGGUUGCGAAGCCCAGAGACGGAGCGGCUUCUCCAGCGAACCUGGCCUGAAUCGUAUCCUGCCCUUAGGGACAAAAUGGAGUCUGUUGCUUCAAGGCUGGAUACUGUCGCAGAGUGCAUUGCCAAAAUUCUUUCUAAAUAUGUGACAAAUCAAACACCCUCCAAAAGACUCGGCAAGGUUCAGUCAACCCUUCAUCUGAGGAAGCAAGAUUCCCCUUACAGCAGAAAUACCACGAUGGAUUCCAUUGAUGCCACGUCACUGUAUCCUGAGGCUUUGAGUCUCCACAUUUGUGGGGAUCAUCAUGAAUUCUGUGUCCGUCAUCCAGAAGGCUCUAUAAUUACCAUGCUGCGAGCGGGGGACAUUCUAGUUACAAUCGGUAAAACUCUCCAGGAAUGGUGCAAUGGCGAACUAAAGAGUGUCUCAGCAGAAGCACUUUACCAGCCAGUAGAUGAUUCAUUUACCUCAUUCUCACUCGAAUACAUGUGUUCUCCUCUAGUUUUGUCUCAUGAACCUGAUCAUGAAACAAAAACAAUCUCUUUAACCGAUCAGUUGCUGGCGGUCCUUUUCCUUGUUUUGUUAUACCAUCUCCGUUUCUGUUUUUUCUCCUAGACCACAUCGUUCUUGUGGCAGACUUUUCAGAAGAAGAUAACUGAUGCUUCUUCCUCUUAUGAUGCUCAAAGAUGGCCUGCAGUUGUGUUUAUAUGAACAAGCAGGAACGGUAUGCAUGUUUGAGCCUCUACAGCUCUCUUGUUUUCGCAACCUCCAUCGGUUAGUCAUGAUUUCUUGUGGGUUUGAAUGGCCUUCAAGUGCCCCCCAGGCCAUAAUUUACAUGUUUAUGUGAUCCUGGAGAAGAAUUUGAGGCAAUGUUGGAUAAGUGUAUUUUUUUUUCUUUUUUCAUCUGGGAAAUGGUCAUCUGGAGGAUGGUUCCUUCCCAAGAACUUGUUUAUUGUUUUGUUCAUUUAUAAAUUUGGAUUGACACGGCUUCACGAUGUAUUCUUGGAUUGCAAAUUUGAACAGUGGAUCAUAAAUAAAUAAAUGUUGUUUUUUUA